AUGAACGCUCCUCCAUCAGCUCAUUUGAGCGAAGAUAAACUAGACACAAUACUUCCCUCUCCAUCAAGCGCAAGCCUAUCAGAUGCCAACCAGUCUACCGACCUAUCGCCUCUCGAGAAAGUCCAGCCUGUCUUCAAGCCAACUCGAGGAUUCCUCCUUGCUUUCUCCUCAAUAUGUGUUAUUACACUUGCAGCAGCUCUUGACGCAACAUCGCUCAGUAUAGCGCUUCCUAUCAUCACGCAAAAGCUCAAGGGGUCGGCUAUUGAAGCAUUCUGGUCAGGAACGUCGUUCUUGUUGACUUCGGCUGUCUUCCAACCAGUAAUUGCUGGUCUGAGCCAUGUAUUUGGCCGAAAAGAAUUGGUGCUCGCUUCCAUUGUGUUUUUCUUCGUUGGAUCUGUUGUGUCUGCCUUAGCCGAGAACUUCACAAUGAUGCUGGUUGGACGAUCAAUCCAGGGUAUUGGCGGUGGUGGGAUCAUGUCACUUGGUGAAAUCCUCAUUACUGAUCUUGUUCCUCUUGCCGUUCGAGGAGCCUGGUUUGGAUAUCUCGGAUCCAUGUGGGCAAUUGGAAGCGUUACAGGACCGCUGAUGGGAGGAGCCUUCGCACAAAACGUUACAUGGAGAUGGAUAUUCUGGAUAAAUGUACCCAUAAUCGCAGUUGGAACCGUUGCGAUCGUCAUGUUCCUCAGACUGAACAAGACACCUGGCGAACUCAUCCAAAAAGUCAAAAACUUCGACUGGUUGGGAUCAGUUUUCUUCGUUGCCUCGAGCGUUUCCUUCCUCAUCCCACUAACAUGGGGAGGUAUUCAAUAUUCUUGGACAUCCUGGAGAACGCUGUUUCCUCUACUGGUUGGCGUUGUUGGUGUCAUUGGAUUUGGUUUCUACGAAUACUGGCUCUCGAAGCGAGCCUUCGAUGCUGAAGGCAACGCUCUCCCUGGCAACUAUACCGAACCAAUCAUUCGAUUUACGAUCUUCAACAAUCGGACCAUGCUCAUUACGUACCUCGAAACUCUCAUACACGGCAUCGUUCUAUGGUCGCUCCUCUACUUCCUUCCCCUGUACUAUGAAGCAGUCCAAGGUUACACACCAAUUAUCUCGGGGGUAGCUAUCCUUCCUGAAACCAGUUUUGUCGCUCCCAUGUCUGUAGUCGUGGGUAUCGUCUGCGCCAAAACCGGCCGCUACAGAUGGGCCAUCUAUACGGGUUGGCUGCUCACAACCAUGGGCGCCGGCGUACUCAUUCUUCUCGGUCCAAGCACAUCUAUCGUCUCCUGGGUCUUCCUCAACUUCCCCAUCAGCAUCGGCACGGGAAUGCUAUUCCCCGCCAUGGCUCUCGCCAUCCAAGCUGCAGGCCGUCAAGAAGAUUCCGGACACGCCGCGGCCUUCUACUCAUUCACCCGUGUGUUUGGUCAAUCCCUCGGUGUCGCAAUCGGUGGUGUGAUUUUCCAGAACCAGAUCAGAAUCAAGUUGCUCAGCUACGAGUUGCUUGCUCCCCUUGCAGAUGCGUAUAGUAAGGAUGCGACGGCGUUAAUUGGCAUCAUCCAAACAAUGGAGAGCGGUCUCGAAAAGACGCAAUUGAUCCAAGCCUAUGCUGAUGCUUUGAAGAUGAUUUGGAUCGUUAUGUGCGCUCUGAGUGCUGUAGGCCUGGUGGCGAGUUUGGCGACCAAGGGGUACUCGCUUAACCAGGAGCACAAGACGCUUCAGGGCUUCAAGGAUAAGGAGAGGUUGGCUGACCCGGAGAAGAGUGAGCAUUUGUGA